UUAACAAUCGCCCUGGCUGUUGAAUCAGUCUAUGGUCUUCAAUUUUUCAUCUCUACCACCUUCUCCCACCAAAAAUAACCAACCUUUUGAAUUUUUCUUCAACAAACCACUCACCAUUUUCAUUCCAAAUUCUCAAUCAAAGAGCCUCAGAUGCCACAUUCUAUCUCCAGUGACACCCUUUCUUCCACCUUUUCCCAUUACAUCCAUUUUCUCUUCACCACUUUGGAUUGCACCAUGAAAACCAAAAACCUUGCACACUUUGAUUUCCUUACACGCAUAGUUUAACACAAUUCAAACCUUCUUUCUUACUUUCUUUUUCUCUUUUGAAAACCAUGACUUCUUCUCCCAUUGCAGUCUUCGGUUGGUGUUGAUUAUUCUGCUUCAAUUUUGCUACCAACUUUUUGAACCUUGGUGCGCUUCUGUCCCCUUUUUAAUCAAAAACACACAAAACAAUCCCUUCCAUUUAGAAUCUUGGUGUGAGUGCUUUUUUAUUUUGGUUUGCUCUAGUUUUAUCAAAAAGUUUGAAUUGAAUGAAAUGGUUGUUGAGCUUUGCUCAGAGAAUUGUGGGGUAUCGUCCAUGAGUCCUAGGAUUUCAUUCUCUCAUGACUUCUCGCAAUCAGAUGUUAUUCCAGUUGAGAAGCACCCUUUGAGAUCAAACUCAUCUGGCUUGAGCUCAAGCAUUGACUUCAAUUUCUGUGUUCAGGAAAGCUUAGAGCUUGAAUCCUCUUCAGCAGAUGAGCUUUUCUCACAUGGGGUUAUCCUUCCCACUCAAAUCAAGAAGGGCCUCAACAAUGUUGUUUUGAAGCAAAAAAGUCAACAGCUAGCACCACCGUCUCAACCCCCAUUACCACCCUCGAAAGCUGUUUGUGACAAUGCCCCUGCCACCACCAGAAAAAGCUCAAAGAAAGAGAGUCACAAAGAUAGCAAGGACUUGAAUGAGGAAGCUGAUGAGAAGCAUAGUUCCAAGUCAUUCUGGAGAUUUAAGAGAAGCAGCAGCUGUGGAAGUGGAUAUGGGAGAAGCUUAUGUCCUUUGCCACUUUUGUCUAGAAGCAAUUCAACAGGGUCUUCCCCAAGUGUUAAGAGGAUACCACUCUCAAAGGAGGGUCAUCAUGUUAAGCAAAAUUCCCAGAAACGUUCUUCCUCUAUCUCAAGGUCUCACCCUCAAUCCUUGGCAUCACACAAUAACCAUCAAAAGCCUCCAUUGAAGAGGAGCCAUGGCUCCUACGCUAAUGGUAUUAGAGUUAGUCCUGUUCUGAAUGUUCCUUCUGCAAACCUUUUUGGUUUUGGCUCAAUCUUCUCCAAUAAUAGAGAUAAGAGCAAGAAGAAAUAGUUCACAAACAAAAACCAACUUCUAUUCUAAUUUACAAUUUUACUAAUUUGCAAAUGAGUGGGGUCUACUUUUCUUUUAUUGUAAUUCCCAGUUUUACCACGUGAUUAGCAAAAUUUGGUGUAGAGUUUUCAAAGGUAAAUGAAAUGGUUUGGUUUGCUUCAAGACAAAGUGAUGAUAAAAAGAAAAUGUGUGUAUGUGAAUGGGAUGGCCAAACAAUGAUAUUCAGCCACAUGUAUGGUGUCACAAAAUGUCAGGUAAAUGUUGCUUUCAUGGCUGUCCCUUCUUAGUGUAUUAUUUCUUCCUUUUGUUCUUCGGUUACAAAAGGUGUAAAAACGUUGAUUUAACCAUGUCCCUCUAUUGCUUUACUCAUGGUUCUCUGCAAAACAAAGAUUAAAAGAAGUUGAUUAUACAGUAUUAUUGUAAAUUAUUUUCUUCUUUUGGUUAUGUUGUCCUCAAGGAUUGACUUGUUUGAGUCUACAAAUGAAUAUUAAUAUUAAAUAUAUAUAGCAGCAACUACAAAUGUAUUAUGCACAUUAAUGGGAUGAAAGGUUGUUGUUUUUUUUAUGAUAUGUGUGUCCCCUCUUUGCUUGGUGUUUGCUAUUUGUUCUAGUGAUCAACUUGAUGGUGACAUGACUGUGAUUGUGAUCAGUGGCCCCUGGUUCUUCAAGAACCAUCUCCUUCUCUUCAAAGUUUGCAACCUGAUACUGUGUCUGAAAAGGAUUGAUUUUCCAUCACCCCUUUUUGGUUGCAACAUUAGCCACUUUGAAAUCAGAGAUAAAAUCAGCUAUUAUUGAUAGCAAUUAAAGUUGAAAUUGAUUUCUCAAGGCAUCUGAAAAGAAUAGCUAGUGUGGAUUCUUCUUUAAUGGAUGAUCUUGGUGAACUUCAAAUGUUGUAAAGCUUCCCAACUUCAGUUUAUAAUUUAGGUGUAUUUAUGAGAAAUUAUCAAGGUCUCAAAUGAU